AUGAAUCAGGAAAAAGACGAAACAAUUGUUAUGGAAGAAGAGGUGAGAAUAAAUAAAGAUGCCGGCGGUGCGAGUGAAGCAACAACAAAUAGCGGAUCAAAUAAACAUAAAAAACAGACAGAUGACGAAGAAGAAGAAGAUGAACCGGUUUAUGUUGAAUCAAGUCAAUGUUCCCGGUGGCAAAAACGACGUGAAACAGUUACUCAACGUGAUAUUCCCGGUAUUGAUGCAUCUUAUUUAGCAAUGGAUACAGAAGAAGGUGUCGAAGUUGUUUGGAAUGAAGUUUUAUUUUCAGAAAAAAAAAUUAGUGAUAUUCAACACAAUAAAAUUAGUGAAGUUUUUGAUAAAUUAAUUGAAUUAAAUCAUAUGAAUAUUGUUAAAUUUCAUGGUUAUUGGCAAGAUCGAACCAAACAUGAUGAUCGUCCACGAGUAAUAAAAUUCAUAUUUAUUUUUUUUUUUGAUAUAACAAUAAUGCUUAUAAUUGAUCAUACAUCUAGCUUUUUUCUAAUAUGUCAAGAUGAUUUCAACAUAUAG